AUGUCUUCCCACAACAUGAAGAGAAAAGCGUCGCACAGCGACCCCGGCAACGCUGAUCCUCUCCAUCCCGGCCGCGGCGAUGCCUCGUCCAAGCGGCAGCGCCUCGCCAAGCCCGCGUACGACGUCACCCGAGGCGUGUCCGACGAGCUGCUGCUGCGCAUCUUCUCCUACGCCGACGAGCAGACGCUGCUGCACCUGGCGGCCGUGUCGCGGCAGUUCUACAGAGUCUCGUCUGAUCCGCAGCUGUGGCGCCAGCACUACUACCGCAGGUUCAUCCUGCCGCGCGCCAACCGCAUUCCGGGCCUGAAAGUCGCAAACCGCUCGUACGCCCGCGUCCCCAGCAUACGCGAGGCUCCCGGCCAGGAACAGGAACAGCAACAAAGCCGAGGCCAUGUCUCAGCCUCGGCGUCUGUGGGGGCCGAAUCGGGACCGGGCACCAGCAGCAUCGCCAACCGCAGCAGCACCGACGUAUCGUUGUCUUUGGCUGAAGCUGAAGCAGCCGAGUUUGAAAUCGACUCCAUCAAGCCGCCCUUUAAUCCGGUAGACCCGUCGGGCAAGACACGGGAGGCUUCAGAUGUCGACUGGAAGCAGCAGUACAGGCUGCGGCACAACUGGGCCCGCGGCCUCUGCGAGGUGCGCCACGUCCAGGUCAGCCCUGUCAACUUCUCCUUGACGCCCAUCGAGGAGCGGCGCACCCUGGUCAAGGUCGUGGACGGCCUGGCCGUGACGGUGGACAUGCAGGCCGGACUGCGUGCCUGGGAUUUGCGCACGCAAGAGUCUAUUGCGCAGACAACCACCGAGACCGAUGACGGCAUCUGUCUGGUGCCCACGGCGCUGGCUCUCGAUGGGGGGAGGCUUUCUGCCGAUGUGUUGGACAUUAUGCUCGGCUUCAACGACGGCACCUUUGGCAUCUGGCGCCUGAUUGUCUCUGAGGGGAGGUUGUCUGUCUUGUAUCGCCAGGACAAGAGCUAUGUGGGCAGACUUGUGUCGGUGGCCUACUCGUAUCCUUAUGCCCUGACGGCUGCAGAGCUGGGCUUUAUCUCGCUGUAUUCAUUUGAGCGGCCCAAAGCAGAGCCUGAGGCUGAGCUGGCUUCGGCUGCAGCUGACGCAGGUAGUUUCCCUGUGCUUGUUGAAGAGGCUACACAACAUCAUGACGGCAUUGAAGAUGGCGAUGUAACCGAAGAAGAACAACCAUCCAUCUUCCAGGUGUACAGCGAGGUUGUCAAGAGCAGAACUCUCUCUCACCCCCAAGUUCUCUCAUCGCUCAAGUCUGAUUACUCGCGACAACCUCUCGUCCUGUCUCUCCGCAAGCUCAAGUCGUCGGCUGUUGCCUCCAUCGCCUACUCCUUCGACACUGCUGGUGGCUGGGCCAUCGGCAUCCAGAACUUUGACAUUCGGCCUUCGGGCAGCUCCAAGCCCGAUGUCAUCACCUCUCGCGUUGCCUACACCCUGCCCGCUGAGACUGGCCACUUUGUUACCUCUACCCAAUACCGGCCAAAGUGCCCUACCUGCUCCAACUUUCCAGAUUUGUUCCUGGAUGACGACGAGGGCGGGCCGGCCAAGCUCUGCUACAGCCACCCGUAUCUUCUGGCCACCAUGCAUGACAACACACUUGUGCUCUUUGUCGUCACUGCAACGGAAAAGUCGUUUGCCAUUUCCAAUGCCAUGAAGCUCUAUGGUCAUACUUCGGGUAUUGCAGACGCCGACAUCACCCCAGCGGGCACGGCUGUUAGCGUCAGCGAGCGUGGCGAUGAGAUCCGAGUCUGGGAUCUGGACGGACACCACGAUAGCACGAGUGUUGAAGUUAGGCCUCGAGUGAAUAGGGGCUCUGGCGAUGCUGAAGACGCUGCCUCGACAGAACAUGCCGAGCAUAGGCGGAACUGGGUUGGGACUGAUAACCAGAGGGUGACUGUUCUUCGGCAGACAUCGGACGGGAGAGAGAGCUUGGUCACUUAUGAUUUCACUUGA